AUCUCAAAUUCUUCAAAUCAUACAGAUACAUACAGAUCGACUGUAGCUUACGAAGUGAGAAAAGUGAUAUACAACUACCUAACAUGGCUACCUGGAUUUUCAUCUUCACCAUAAUUACUAUUUCUUUCCCAGUUUCAGAUCAAUCCACACCAAGUACCGGUCAGACCGGUGCUCCAAUCAUGCUAAUUCCUGGAUCAGGAGUAUCGGUUCCAUCAGAUCCUAGAGGCCCAGAUGGCUUGCCAAUUAUACUAUCAACAGAAGCACCAAAUGAUGAACAGUCGAAUCCUGAUCAAACCACGAUCGGACCAAAUGCACAAGUUACCGGGCCGGGUGGUCGUCCAAUCAGAUUGAUCCCUGAAUCAAAAGGAUCAACUCCAUCAGAUCCUAAAGACCCAGAUGGCUCGCCAAUUAUGCUUAUUCCAUAAUACAUAAAAAUAAUUCAAUUGCAAUAGCAUUAAUUGUAAUUCUCAUUUUGAAAGUUUCAGUAACUUAGAGUAAUUCCUUUGAAUUGAUAAAUCUUCACGCUCGAAUUUAUUGGAACUAAACUUGAUUUGAGAAGAUCUAUGAAACCAUUAUCCAUUGUCAAUCAUUGAUAUUAGUUAUAAGCAACUUAUAAUUCAAAAUAUCUCAUUUUAAUAAUCUUUGAUUUUACAAUAAAAUAUAAAUCUUUAAAUACA